AUGGGAGACUCUGUGUUGAUAGCUCACGCGGCUCCACUGGCUACAGCUAAGGACAAAAAGGAUAUAGACCCUGAAAUUACAUUAGUCCCUGACGACACAAUUAAUGACGAAGAAAAGAAACAAUUAGAUCUAGUAAUAUUCGACUCGGCCGCUUCUAAAAUCGAGCAAAAUCUUAUGCAUUUAGAUGGAUCUUUGAACAUUAAGCGUUCGAAGAAAUCUAAACCAAAGAAGCAUAAAAGUGUACGAAAGAAUAAGCACAAGAGAAAAAAGGUACAAAAACUAGAAAAAUCAAAGAUUCCAAAUAAUAAUGGUCUGUUUCGUGGCAUGGUAAUUGGUUCUUUUAUUGGGGCCGCUAUAACCGAAUUGAUUAUAGGAAAACUCUAA